UGCUGCUGCUUCACGAGAGUCCUGACCGAAAGUGCGCGAGCUGAAAACACUGAGGAGCCACCGCAACAACUUUCCCCAUUACUGGAAAUUAAAAAGGGAAUUUAAGGGAAUAACUUGUAAUAACUGUUUAUAUUUUGAUUUUAUUUAUUUUACUGACAACUUACUGAGUUUUCUGUCAAGUUUUUUUUUUUUUUUUUUAGCUUUAUGAGAGUUUGAAGAAGAAUAUAAAUCUCUUUAUUUUUUCGACGCUGGCGAAAAGGGUCGUGAUGAACUAACACAUGAGGAAUAACAGGUGUCAACACGAAUGUAAAUAAAAAAACAACAACGAAUACUUGGGACAGCUGUAAUAAAGAGUUUGUUUUGCGCGUGGACUGAAAGAUGAAUAAUUGAAACAACACUGGUACUGAGUAACCGUUACAGGGUAAUUUCUAGUCACCUGGCACCUAGCUCUUGAACAGAUGUCUGAGGAGGAGCACAGCCACAGUGCCAGACCUCCUGAUGGAGUCCAACCAGACAGCCAGUCCUUGGAAGCCCUCACAGCCCCAUGCCCAGAAGGAGUUGAAACUGGUGAGCUGACAGCACCGAAUUCAAACACCCCACCAAUGGAAAAGACGAUGGAGAAUGGCAACAACAACAACAGCCUAUCCCAGCCAGACCUCACCAGGACUUCUGGCAAAAGCAUAACAUAUCAACCUCAGGCGCAGUCUACACCCAUACACCCCACACUAGUAAAGAGUGACAGCAAGCCUCACAGUAACGGGGUUAGGAAAGGAACCUUUUCACGAGCCACCUCUUCAUCAUCUUCAUCUUCAGCCCAUAAAACCCCCAAAAAGCUGCAGUCAAACCCAUCCAUCAAUAGUCAAAGCAGCAAGAGGAGCAAAGGUAGCUACAAAUCCAACAGCUCCCAGAUACCCACAGAGGCCCAGGAUGAUUGCUGUGUCCACUGCAUCCUGGCCUGUCUGUUCUGUGAGUUUCUCACACUGUGUAACAUCAUGCUGGACUGUGCCACAUGUGGCUCCUGCGCAUCAGAUGACUCGUGUUUCUGCUGCUGCUGCGCUUCAGAGGAAUGUGGCGACUGCGACCUGCCCUGUGACAUGGACUGCGGCAUUAUCGAUGCAUGCUGCGAGUCUGCAGACUGUCUUGAGGUCUGCAUGGAAUGCUGCGGGCUGUGCUUUUCCUCCUGAGACUCCUGUAGGGGCGCUGCCCCUCUCACUGAUUUGGAUCACUAGAAGAAGCAAGCAAAAGAUGAGCAGACCAGAGCCAAAGGCAAUCAUAAGACUUGUCUAUCCACUUGCAAGUCAUCAGCCCAGAGUUGAAGAGUGUUCUGAUUACAUUCGGUAGAUUUCUUUUGAACUGUAUUGUUGAAGGCAGGCUUACAGUAGUUGUUGCACACUAGCAGGGUUAUCCAGCAACUUUAUAGGAUGUGCAUUUCUACUCGUUCUGGACUUGAAUAAUUUCUGGAUUCUACUUAUAAUAUAAAUGUAACCCUAUGUAUUGAGUCUGCUUUAAUGCCUAUACAUUCAGACUUGUGGCCACUGAGAAAACGGCUCUAUUUGUGGGUCCAAAAACUAGGAACGAGUGGUUCAAGCUAGUUUCAUUUUUAAAAUGUCAGUGUUUGUUAAUUGUUUGAAAUCAUCAGAAAGCCAAGCUUUUUUGAUAAAAUGCAAAAUAGCCACAAAAUCAUCCAGUGGUUUAGUAAUUCCACAAUAAUGCACAUCAUAACAGUGUCUGAAUUAAAUCCAGAUGCGCUGUUGAAGACAAUGUUGUCUCUUGAAAACAUUUAAAUUUGGAGUUCUCCAUGCACAUUUAUCCAUAGAUCUCAUUCAAAUCUUAGCUCACUAAAGUUGCUCACGUAACCUUUAACGUUAAUCCCAAAUUUCACCUCUCAAUAUGCACAUUUACUUUAGUACACUGGUGUAAUCCUCUAGUCACAGUGAUCAGGACUACAAAAGCCAUAACAACUGAGUAUGGGAUUCAUAGAUGUAUGCGAGGGGGGUAAAAUAUGAGUAUUUAAUAAAUGGUGCCAUGCCACAGGUGUAUAGAUUGUACUUAAAAGUGUGAAGUUAGAGUCUUGUCAGUCUCUACUUUUAGUCCUGUGGUGUUCUCUCUCACUCUUUCUGUAUUUCCAUACUGUCAUUUCAUCAAGCAGUCGUUACCUUAUUUUUUUUUAUAUUUCUUAAAAUACUGGAACAUUAUACUGUAAGUUGUUGUGAAUUACUCCCAUAUUUGUGUUUUGUUUUUAUCCAAUGUGAAAUAAGUUGUCUUGUAAUUCCAACACAUUUUUGUGUGAAUUUAAAGUUUAGUUUACAUAUCUACCUAUUGUCUUUAGAUGUAGUAAAUUUCAUUACUGUUAGAAGUAUUAUUUUCAAACAAAAGAGGUUUCCUUACAGUCUAAUCAAGGUCUUGUGCAGCAAACAAGUCUUGAGAAUCAACACAUUAUACUCUUUGGUGAAAUGGUGAAAACCAAUGCAUUGAUUUGCACUGUUAACAUUAAUGGAAUAUUCCCGGCUCAAAAGAAGUUAAGCUCAAUUGACAGCAUUUGUGGCCUAAUGUUGAUUACCACAAAAUAUAAUUUAGAUGUCUCUCCUUUUCUUUAAAAAAAAGAGUAAAAAUCAAGGUUACAGCAAGCCACUUACAAUGGAAGUGAAUGGGGCCCAUUUUUGGGGGGUGUAAAGGCAGAAAUGUGAAGUUGAUAAUUUUAUAAAACACAUUAAUUCUUAUAUUAAAACUUGUGUGUAAUUCUCCUCUAAAUUUGUUUAAACAUUUGUUUUUACACUUGUUUUAGGAUUUAAAGCAUUUCAUCGAGUUGUAAAAUUGUAUAUUAAUUUACACAGAAAAGGUUAGUAGUGAAGUUUAUUUUUAAGAAAAGGAGGAACGAGUCAAAAAACAUUUUUGUUGUUAAUCGACUAUAUGCCACAAAUGCUGUGGAUUGAGCUUAAUUUGUAUUGAUCCUGGAAUAUUCCUUUAAGAAUGAUUAUUUUUUUCGUUCUUACCUUUAAACUGGAGAAAGAAAGCAUAUAUUUUAACUGGGCCAAUGUAGUGUUAAAGAAACAGGACAAAACAAAUCUGUCACUGUAACAUAUUUUGCAUUCUAUCUGUAGAUAUAAUAAACAUUUUGUUCAUUGAUAUGAGAGGUAUCAAACUGUAAAUCAUCAGAGUUCAAAGAUUGCCAGAGUCCCCCAAAAUGUAUUUUAGGUCCUCUUUUGUGAGGAAAUUAAUCUGUUCUCAAAACAGUGUGUCUGCUUUAAUACAUUGCCAAUAACUACUUCAAAUCAUCAAUAUUGUGGUAGUUGAUGCAUGACAUAUCCAUGGACUUUUUUUAAAAUCAAAAUUAACCUUCUGCAUCCCCACUUCCACAUGCGUGGACAUUAUAUAUUUGGGCUUUGUUUUAUGCAACACGUAAAAUUAUUUAGUUUAAACCAACUGAUCUUAGUUAAGGGGACUCUGCUGUCAUUAAAGUUUUAAACUAUCAAUGUACAGAGUCGUGUGACCAAAUAACAUGUCUGUUACAGAAGAGUUUGUCUUUGGGAGAAAUGCCAACAAAACUACAUCUUCUAAAAACCCUAAUAAAUACAUUGAAACCUGUUUGAUGCAAAAGAUUAGAGUCUCUAGUUUCAUCUGAUUUGCCAUUUUUUAAAUUUGAGCAAUUUACUAAUCAUGUUUGGCAGACAUGGGACAAUUGUAAUCAGUACAUAGAUUUAGAAUGCAUAAUGAUAUUUUAAC